AUGUUGGCAUCCUCCACUGCCGCCGACACUGCCGCCCUGGCCGAUAAGGGCAUCUCCUUGCACAACGUCUACGGCUCUUUCGAAGCUCAUCCAAUCCUGUUCCAACGAUGGGCCACCACCCUGCCGAAGUGGUUGUCGACCGGCGACAUGGUCGUUCUCCCCCAUAGAGUUAUCCGAGGUGUCAACCCCCAAGCCGUCAACGCCGCACUUGAUGACAUCGGCAAGGGCGGUGGGGUAAGGUAUGUCGUCCAGGUCCAUGUGGAUGAUGGAGAUGAUGAUGAUGGGGAGGAGGCACGAGAUAUAUAG